CCAUACAUCCGCGUCUCCUCUCAAAGUCGAGAAGCUAUAUCAGUGCUGACCGCCCUGCUCAUCUUGGUCUUCAUCACAACCAUAACUUAUCAAAAUCUAACACGACAUCAACUGUUCAAAGCCAAGACCAUCUACCAACAGCAUAGCUAUGGACUACUCAUCAAUCCUCACCUUCCUCUACUCGCAGUUCUUCAUUGUACCCGAGUAUCCGGAGAAGUCAUGUAAAGGACAAGUCUUCAUCGUCACUGGAGCCAAUGUCGGCCUUGGUCUCGAAGCAUCUCGCCACUUGGUACGCCUAGGUGCAGACAAGGUCAUUCUUGCAUGCCGAAACCUGGAGAAAGGUGAAGCUGCCGUCAAGGACAUCGAGCAAAGCACCAAGAGAACCGGAGUCGCAGAAGUAUGGUCAUUGGACCUGUCUUCCUUUGAAAGCGUCAAGGAGUUUGCCAAGAAGGUCGAUACGCUUCCUCGAAUUGACAGUAUCGUUGAGAACGCAGGCAUCUCCACCACAAAGUUCCAAGUGUUUGAGGGUAACGAGUCUACAAUUACAGUGAAUGUGAUCUCAACAUUGCUCCUCGCCCUUCUUGUCUUGCCCGCUCUGAAGCGUUCUGCUCAGAGACACAACAUCCAACCUCGACUCACAAUCGUCGCCUCCGAAGUCCACCACUGGACAAACAUUCCAGAGCGCAACAAGAGGGACUCCAUUUUCGAAGCUCUGGCUUCACCCGAAGACUCGGAAAUGGGUAUCAGAUACCCCGUCAGCAAAUUGCUCGAUGUCUUCGGUACUCGCGCCCUUGUCGAACGCACACCUUCAUCCUACCCCGUCACCAUCAACACCAUGAACCCUGGCUUCUGCUACAGUGAACUCUCCAGAGAAUCUAGCGGCAUCGGCUUCUGGCUCAUGUACAAACUGCUGGCCAGAACUACCGAAGUCGGCGGCAGAACCCUUGUCGCCGCAGCUCUGGGCUCACCCGAAACCCACGGACAGUACAUGAGCAACAGCAAAGUCGAGGAACCAUCAAAAUUCGUCAGGAGCGAAGAGGGCAAGAAGACGCAAGAGAGAGUUUGGGCAGAGCUCAGCGCAAAGCUCGAGCAGAUCCAACCUGGUAUUCUGCAGAACAUCUGAGCUUGAGUGGGUUUGAUCAGUUUCACAGUCUGAUGUUUUUGCAAGAGUGUUGUGGCAGAUGUUCAUGUCAAGAUGAAUGUGGAGUCGGCCCGUUGCGUCAAUUUUCUUAUUACCAGGUUUUCGUUUUUUCAGCAUCCAUUAGGUUGUAUAGUGUAAUGGUUAGCACAUCGGAUUCUGAUUCCGGUAAUCCCAGUUCGAUCCCGGGU